AUGGACAGACCCCUGCCACCAGCUAGCACAGACCCCGUCGUCCUAACCGCCCAAGAAUCCUCCCCCAGCGUCCUCUUCCCCACAUUCACAGCCACAACAGCCUGGACCCUCGGCCUCAGCCUGCGCGAACGGAUCCUAUCCCUGCCCUCCUCCCAGCGUCGGCCCGCGCUCAUCUCCAUCUCCCUAGGCGGCGCAUACCCAUCCCCCCACGUGGUGUUCCAGUGCGCGACGGAGCCGGGCACGGUCGCUGAUAAUGAGGAGUGGGUGCGUCGGAAACGCGCGACUGUGUUGCGGUGGGGUGUGUCGAGUUGGUUGAUGAGGAGGAAGGUGUUGGCUGGGUUGGGGGCUUUGGAGGGUGGGGAGAGGGAGAAGGAGGUGGAGGGGGCGUUUGUGAGGAAGUUUGCGCUGAAGUCUGGCUCUGGGGGUCCCGCGGAUGAGUAUGCGAUUCAUGGGGGUGGGUUUCCCGUUAGGGUUACGGGGGUUGAUGGGGUUGUGGGGGUUAUUGUUGUUAGUGGGUUGAAGCAGGAGGAUGAUCAUCAGGUUGUGGUUGAGACUGUGAGGGAGUUUGUUGGGGAAAAGUCCUGAUUCUCUUUUGAUCUUCUUAUUCUUUUUUGGCUUCACUUGUGGUGGUUACAAUCUAAGUUAUACGAGUGAUGAGUGUAUGUAAUACCAUAGGUAGGAUGUCUGAUUAGACCGAAAAACAUAACUCCAGAAACCCUCUAAUUAUUUUACAAUUCAUCAUGC